CGUGGCACUUCCUGGCCCCGAGCAGCUCCAUUCCGGCACCCCCAAAGCGAGGGGAGCGUUCCCUGCUCCCCCCAGAGCCCCCAGAGCUCCCUCGGCUCCCCCCGGAGCCCCUCUCCUGCUGGGAGCCCCAUGGAGGACGAGCCCGGAAUCGUGUCCCCGUUCAAGCGAGUGUUCCUGAAGGGGGAGAAGGGCCGGGAUAAGAAGGCUCAGGAGAAGGUGACGGAGCGGCGGCCGCUGCACACGGUGCUGGUGGCGCUUCCCGAGCGCGUGGAGCCCGACCUGCUGCUCCACGACUACAUCGAGAAGGAAGUCAAGUACUUAGGGCAGCUCACCUCCAUCCCGGGGUACCUGAACCCCUCCAGCCGCAGCGAGAUCCUGCACUUGAUCGACAACGCCAAGAGAGCCCACCAGCUCCCGGGGCAGCUGACCCCGGAGCACGACGCCGUCAUCAGCCUCAGCGCCUACAACGUCAAGCUGGUGUGGAGGGACGGCGAGGACCUGAUCCUCAGGGUGCCCAUCCACGACAUCGCCUCCGUGUCCUACAUCCGCGACGACUCCGCGCACCUGGUGGUGCUCAAGACAGCUCAGGAUCCCGGCAUCUCGCCGAGCCAGAGCCUGUGUGCCGAGGGCUCCAAGGCGCUGACGUCGGGCUCGCUGUCGGAGAGCGCGGGGGGACCCCUGGAGUCCUGCUGCCUGGUGGUGCUGGCCACGGAGAGCAAGGUGGGUGCCGAGGAGCUGUGCUCCCUGCUCAGCCAAGUCUUCCAGAUCGUUUACACCGAGUCCACCAUCGACUUCCUGGACCGCGCCAUCUUCGACGGCGCCUCGACGCCCACGCGGCACCUGUCCCUGCACAGCGAUGACUCUUCCACCAAAGUGGACGUGAAGGAGCCCUUCGAGGCGGAGGCCAGCACUUUUUCCUUUGCAGACACGCUGGAGGCGGGGGACGCGUCCCCGUCCUCCUCGGCGCGCCCGUCCCCGCACGUGACCACGGCCAGCGAGAGCGAGCUCAGCACCACGGCCACCGAGCUGCUCCAGGACUACAUGAUGACGUGUCACCAGGCCCAGCCACUGUCCCUGUACAGCUUUGGGUUUAUUUGA